UCGGCGGGAGUAGUUUAUCUCGUUACUAGGCAGCGACGUGGAUGUAUAAUAUAACGGGCUGCAAAAACGGCGCUGUCUCGGGUAAACCGAGGGAUAAAUACAUUGUAGCAAGUAAACAACACACAGUUUAUGGUUAGCCGGUUGUAAAACAGACUAACUUUAGCUUAGACCACAACAACAGUGAUCACAGUCCUGACCUGACUUUCUGUAACGUUACUUUCUUUAUUGUAAAGUAAACUAUCCUCGCCACCCUGGCCUCCUCAAGUGACUUUCGAGAAAAACUGCAGAAGAAACGACGUGCUUUGCAAGACACUUUGGUUAAAAAUAAAAAUGAGGACGACACUCAGGCUCUGGUUCCGUCGUCCAAAUUGAGAAGUGAGGAGAAACUGCAAGCUACAAUGAAGGAACGUCAAAGCAGUGAGGAAGAUCCAGGAGAGACACUGAAACGCACGUUAAGGGCUCAGAGACAGAGGCAGAAGAAAAGGCUGCUUGGCCAGUCUUCUGCCCAGGAGUCCCAUGUGGAGGAGAUCUCCACCAUUCAGCACCACAGUGAAGAUGAGGGAUCAGCUGAAAAGGCAGGAGACUCUGGGGUUUUGUCAAGACCUCCGACUGGUUCUCAGAGAAGUCUCUCAGGAAGGCAGCAUUCUACCAGCUCUCAGCAUUUAGACAGCUUUGUGACACGGCGCCUGGAGGAGACACUGAGAGCAGCCAGAUCUAAGGGUGAGAGCCUCCAGCAGCAGGAGGCCUCUCUCGAGCCUGCCAGCCGCCUGCAGAGCCUCAGAGACAGAGAAACUGUAACAAGGUUUGACAAGAUAGAUCCGGACAGAACUGGAAGACACGAUGACCCUCUUGCUCUCAGGACCAGGGUCAAGUUUCGAGAAGCAGCCAGACGAACAGAAAAAGGGCUACCCACUGCUGAAGAGGCAUACCAUUUCUUUACACUCAACUUUGAGCUAGAGCCACAAGACGGGACUGAGAAGGAGAGCAAGAAAAGAAAAAAACAGAAAAAAACAACUGAGAAGGACAGUGAUGAAGAAGGAGGUGUUGAACAGCAGGAAGCUGCUGAAGUAGAUGAAGAUAAUCAAGAUGAAAAUGUAGACCAGAGUGAAGCGGCUCCUCUUGUGCGGGAUGAAGAGGAGGAUUUAUUCGUCAUUGAACAAUCGUCAAGGGACUUCCUGGAAGUGAAGAAAGCUGAGUAUGUUGGGUACCGACAACGUAUUCAGCAAGAGAGUGAGCUCCUCUUCACGCCGAGUUUUCGGACAGUCCCAACUACCAUUAAACUGCCUGAAAACAUGAAGCCUCGUUAUCUGGAGGACGAGGGUCUGUAUGUAGGGGAGAGGCCUAAAAUAUCCCUGACCAAUGAGAACAUUCUGGAGAACCGCAUUUUGAAAAUGGAGGAGGGAAAGAAGUGGUUUGGAGAUGACGGCAGAAUCAUGCUUCUGCCAGACCCCAUAAAGGAAUCGUCCACCCGACCCCCUCUCUUCCACAUGGAGGAGGACCUGGAUCCUGCACUGCACACUGUGUACAGGAAGGCUGUAAAGUCUAAGUAUGCAAACUUGUACAUUGCUGGUGCAGCGGACCCCGAGGGAGACUACCAGCUUGAUGUGGAUGUUUCGGGGCUGAUCUUCUCCCAUCACCCCCUCUUCAGUCGCGAACAUGUGCUGGGGGCCCGUCUGGCUCAGCUGUAUGAUCAGUACCUCACCAGGCAGCACAAUAAUCUCACAGGACACCUUACUGACAAGUUGAAUGGAUUAAGGAGAGCGUUGCGGAAUAUGCUUGAGAUCCAUGGUGGGGAGACCCUUAAUCAAGCCAUGCAGCAAAGGAUAUCUGAAUACAGUCUGGAGGUUAGGAACACUCGGCAGCUGCGAGACAGUGAGCAGGAGAAAGACAGGACUCUGCUGAAACACAUAGUUAAACUGUGGAAGGAGCUCAAGGCCCUGAGAGACUUUCAGAAGUUUACCAACACUCCCUAUAAGCUCUCGCUCAGAAGAGAGAAUGUGGACCAGACGUCAGAUGAGCAAGAGUAUGAAGAUGAAAUCUUGGCAGAGGUUAUGGAAUUGGAGACCGAGAUCGAGGCGGAUUACCAGAAAAAGUUUGCAGAGUAUAAGAAACAGCUGCAGGAGUGGAAGCUCUGUAUAAGGAAACAGAAAACCAAAAAGAAGAAGAGAAAAAAGAAGAAGAAAGGCAAGGCACAGGAUGAGACAGAAGAAGAAGAUGAAUACCAGGAUGUGAGCGAAUUAGAAGGGCCCGUUGGAGAAGGCCCCCCAAAGCCUGAGCCUCCAGAGAAGCCUGACUUUGACUCUAUAGAGCAGCAGGUCAGAGAGAAAGCCUCCAGGAUACGCAGGAAACCCGGAGAAUCCAUCCUGAUUCCUGAGCUGUCCGCAUCGGGAAACCUCACCGCCAGUGAACUCUGCCCCAGGUCGGAAACAGCUCGGCGAGAGGAUGUUACAAGGCGGUCUCUUUUCGUCAAGAUCCUUUAUAAUGACAAAGAAGUGUCCCGAACAGACAGCCGCUCCAUGAACACUGAUUUCAGAGUGCACUUUGGCCAGAUUUUCAAUCUCAAGAUAGUUAACUGUCCCCAAAGCAUCAAUUUGCAGGUGUUUGAGGAGAUUGGCUCAUCAUGCUACCUCCUGGCUCAAGUGUUUGUUCCAGUACCAGAACCCUCCGUUGUUGCGGACAGAGUCUCUCUUGAGGAGUUUGAGUUUAGCAGCAACCAGAGAGUGAUGUUUGACCACGAGGGUGUAGGAAGUGACGUGCCCCUCUCCUUUGAAGCGGAUGGCAGUAACAAACAGACCCUGCUGACCUCUGGGAAGCUGUCGUGUCGUGUUUAUUGGGGGUCUGGGGAGGACGGUGUAGCACUCGCCCCUCCUGUGUCUCAACAACAUGGUGGCAUACAAAGUGGCUUGAGCCGUCUUGAUGCUGUUACAUUUAUUGGGGCAUCUGGACUAUAUGACAUGAAGAAGAUUGGCGAGUGGGCCACACGGUCCCGACUGGACCCUAACGAUCCAAAAAAUGCCUCCAUCAUGCAGCUGCUAAAAGUGGCCAGUAGUGGAGCGGUAACAGCUCCAGAGUACUUCCGUCUAGAACAGCUGCAGGAGGAGUUUAACUUUGUGACUGAUGAAGAGUUGGAGAGGUCCAAAAGAUUUCGCCUGCUCACUCUCAGGAACCAGGAAGUUGCAGAGUUUCGAAAUUACAAGUGUGUUCCUUCCCUGGAGAGGGAGGUCACAGAUAAGGUGUUCCAGGAAUAUGAGAAGAGACUGAAAGAAGGCGAGGUAGUUGACACUAAAGAACAUCUGGAUUCACACCGAGCCUUAGUAGCCAAAUACCUUCAGAAGAUCCGAGAAUCGGUCAUCACCAGAUUUCUCCUUGCUAAGCAUCACUACAUUCUGUCUGACUUGGUGGUAGAAGAGGAGAUACCAAGCAUUGGUGGUGCAGGUCCAGGGAUUCUGGGACUGAACCUUUUCAAGCUGGCUGAACCCAAGCGGCCGCUGAAACCUCAAAGGAAAGCGAGGAAGAAGGUGACUGCUCAGAAUCUGUCUGAUGGAGACAUCAAACUACUGAUCAACAUCAUCCGGGCCUAUGACAUCCCCAUCCGCAGGCCUCAGUCCAAUAAGCCCGGACAGACGUCGCAGAGUGCCAUCCAGGGCAGUGAUUGGCUCCUCAGUCAGGUACAAGUGAGGCCCUUUGUGGAGGUCUCCUUUCAGCGCAUGGUGCUUCAAACUACCACAGCUGAUGGACCCAACCCCUGCUGGAACGAGGAGCUGCAGCUACCGUUCAGUGCCCCAAAUGGGGACUACAGCGCGGCUGUCUUACAAUCAGUCAAAGACGAAGUUUUCAUCAACAUAUUUGAUGAGGUGGUUUAUGAAACUGGAGUGAAGGACCAAGACAGAGCGAAAUCAAUACACACCCGGGUAGAGAAGCACUGGCUGGGCUCCGUCAAGAUUCCUUUCAGCACCAUUUAUUCUCAGUCCAGGAUUGAUGGAACAUUCAAGGUGCAUACACCGGCGGUGUUACUGGGCUACAGUAAGGAGCGGAGCUAUGGCACUAAUGGUGCCUACGAUACUAUGCGUAACCUGAGUGAGGGAACAUUCAUCACACUCUUCAUCACCAUUGAACCCCAGCUGGUGCCUGGAGAGUCUGUUCGAGAAAAGAUAAAGGAAUUAAAGUUUGACAGCCAAGAGGAUGAGCGUUUACUGCAGGCCUCAGAGAGGUUUGAGAGGGAAGCAGCAGAGGGCUACCCGGACCGACCGUGCAUUACCACCAUCAUAGAUCUCAAUGGGAAGACCAUCUUCAUCACACGCUACAUUCGACCACUCAACCCCCCACAGGAGUUACUGGACGCAUCCCCUGAUAACGCCCAAGAGACCACGGCCCUUGUUGCCCGAUUUGUCUCGCUCAUCCCUUCUCUGCCGGACAGAGUUUCGUUUUCCGGUAACUGUGACCUGUGGAGCACCUGUGAUCAAUUCCUCACCCUCCUAGCAGGAGAUGAAGAAGAACACGCUGUACUGUUGUGCAACUACUUCCUGUUUAUGGGCAAGAAAGCCUGGCUCAUAAUUGGCACUGCUAUACCAGAGGGACCCACGGCUUACGUCUUGACCCUUGAGCAGAGCCGCUACCUGAUCUGGAAUCCCAGCAGUGCUCAGUACUACGGACAGUACGACACCUUCUGCCCACUGCAAACCAUUGGUUGUCUGGUUAAUGCUGACAAUGUGUGGUUCAACGUUCAAGAAUAUACGUCACCAAUGACGGUGAGUUUUGACACCACAAAGGCCAAUUUGUGGAAGCCGUUUUUCUCUCGGUCCUUCUCCCACCCUGGGCUGUCAAGUGUACAACCAGAGCAGCUGGUAUAUCGGGGCACAGACAAAUCAGCUGCAGCAGAGCUUCAGGACAGAAUUGAGAAGAUCCUAAAGGAGAAGAUCAUGGAGUGGCGCCCUCGUCACCCGACCCGCUGGAACCGCUACUGCACCACUACCCUGAAACAAUUCCUGCCCAAACUGGAGCUGAGCGGGGGGAAGGACAUGGCGGAGGGGCACCGCCACGAGUUACAGAGCCUGCUGGGAGACAACAAUAUUUCAGGAUUCCCCCUGCACAUGCCAUUCUCUGAGAUCCGGCCCAUCAUAGAGGCAGUGUACAGCACUGGAGUUCACAAUGUUCAGGCAUCAAAUGUGGAGUUUGCCCUGGCCGUGUAUGUGCACCCCUACCCCAAUAAUGUCCUGUCUGUGUGGGUGUACCUGGCCUCACUGGUGCGUACCUGACACAAGAGACACUCCUCUUACCGUGGAUCGCUCUUCUUUUAUUGCUUUUGUGCAGUACACACCGGG